UACGCCACACGUGAUCAAGUUACUCUCGAAGUUACCCAGAUAAGACAGUAACCUCGCUUCGUAGUACAGGGAAGGAGCUGGACAACCUCCGAUCCAGGAAAGGAGAUUUGUGUCCAGUGGCCGAGACUGUAGAUGCUGCAUCCCAGUGGACUGAACAGACAUGAUACAGAGGAAGCUGGCAUUGCUGGUUGGCAUCACCAUGUUUACCCUCCUGAUGCUGAGGUGGGAGCACAUAAUACACCUGGUGAGCCUGAUGAGAAACGAAAGACCCUCAGCUGAGCCUGAACCGCAGACAGACCUGCCAUCAGCAGAGUCUACACUACCACUAUGGCAACGGGCACCCAUGGAGACCAUCAGCCCCAUCCCAGGCUCCAGACACCUCAUGGUGUCUGCCUUUAAGGAUCACAGACUGGGCGGGGCCAUCCUGGUCAUUAGCAUCAUCUGCAGGCAGGAGCUGCAACCGCUCUACUGCGUCCUGUGUGCCAACGGCGAUACUAAUGACAGUGGUAAUACUGAUGCUAAAGCUAAUGGGGCUCUGGGUCAGUGUACGACUUCACAGGCAAAAGUAGAUAUACAUAGCGACCACUUUGGCUUUCCUUUUCACACUUCAGACGUGUUUUGCACUACUACAACAUCACAGCAAGCCUCAUAUGUCAGUAUAACAUCGGACCGAAACACCAUUGACAAUUUGACAUUUUUAACAAUCCAAAACCAGGAAGUCAAAGAAUCUUUUAGGUACAAAUAUACUAUAUGCAUUUCCAACCUUUUUGGGGGGUACAAUAAUGCCCUACAGUUUGCACAGACCAUGGAGAUGUACAAACUGAUUGGGGUUCAGAGGGUUGUCAUUUACAACACAAGCUGUGGUUCAGAUGUUGAGAAAGUUCUCACGUAUUACAUGAGAGAGGGUAUGCUGGAAGUUGUGCCUUGGCCAAUACACAAGUUCCUAACGCCCUCUACUGGGUGGAAGUAUGACUUACAUCACGGUGACAUUCAUUAUUAUGGUCAGCUGACCACUCUGAAUGAAUGUAUAUACAGAUAUAUGUACCAGUCAAAGUACCUCCUGCUGAAUGACAUUGAUGAAAUCAUUAUGCCUUACAAACAUGGUAAACUGGAGAAGCUAAUGGACACAUUGCAGCAGCAACAUCCCAAUGCAGGGGUCUUCAGGAUCGAGAACCACAUCUUCCCCAAAACGCAGUUUGAAGACAGUGGCCGAUUUCGUCUGCCUCAGUGGAGGCGCGUGCCUGGUGUAAACAUCCUGGAGCACAUCUACCGAGAGCCGGACAGGAAGAGCGUGUUCAACCCCACCAAGCUUCUGAUUGACCCCCGGAGAGUGGAGCAGACCUCGGCCCACACCACGCUGAAGCAGUUUGGACCCGUUGUCACUGUCCCAUUCGAUGUCUGCCGCAUCAUCCAUGUCAGGGCCCCCCUGCAAGGACACCUCUCCAAAGACCAGCUGCUCGUGGACAAGAAACUCUGGGAGUUUGAGAAGCGUUUGAUUCCCAGCAUUGAUCAUGCACUGAAUCAGUCGGGUCUGCUGUGAAUCACUGAUGUCCCCAGAUGUGGCGUUACUGUUAAGAAAAUAGAAUCACCUUUGUGUCUUUGGUACAUUAAUUGUAAGAAAAAACAUAUCAAGCACGCAUUUGACUAAAAUGUGCUCUAGUUUUACAAAAUGUUGGGCUGGUUGGCACUGGCAGGCCAGACGAAGUCCAUCGCAGCCCAGGAAAAACAUGUACAUGAGCAGGCUACAUCUCAAAGUCAAGGUCCUUCCAAGUCUGGUCCUUUAGAGAUGAGGCACGGCUCCUUCACAUUCGGACAAAACACACACUGGAACAGACUAGUGGGUGUGCAGAAUCUACAGGUAUGUAUCAAUAGGCUUGUUCAACAUGGGUAUGGCUGACGGUGUCAGAUGGGUGGACCCAAGACGGCAAACAGACCUUGACAUGAAAUUAUGAAAUAAUUUGUUUGAUUCACUGAUUUAUUUUAAAAAUAUGAGCUAUGACAGAAGUUGGGUGUGAAUGUUCCAUCACCUAAUACUGUUUUAUUUGACAAGUAAUCUAUAUGGACCUGCUCUAUAAGCACCUUAUGUCUGUUUGGAAUUGUUUUGAGAGCCUAUUGAUGUAUCUCAGAAUAAAGGAAUGUCCACCACAUCCAGUGUUUUUUUUUGUGUGUGUGGAUAUAAUUCACUUAACUCAUUAAAUGUAGCUGGAUACUCAUGAAUGCAUGUCUAUAACAGCCACAAUAAAAGUAAUUAUAGCAA